UAAAAUACGCCAAGUGGUCAACAAUUAAGACUCUAUCGUCCAUCCACCAAAAUGGUAUUCCUACUCGCCCUGGGACUAUUCUUUGGCGGUCUACUGGCCGUCCUCAGUCUGAUCUUUAAGCUGUUGGGUCUGAAACCGCCCAUGAUCUUUGACAAGUACCCCUUGAAGGGCAUCUUCUAUCGUUUCAAAUUCUGGAUAUCCCUGCUGGUGCUGAAGAAUCUAAGAUAUAGGAUCUAUCGCAGGAACGAAGAGGUCCUGGGUUCCGAUGAGCAUUUGGCCAAAAUCGAUCGGGCCCAGGAGCUGGGCAGUGAUCCGAAGAGCUAUGAUGUGGUCAGCUUCAUGGCGGCCAAUCGAGAGGGCCAGAAGCUGAUGGUGACUUUGGAGCGUCGGCGGCGCGGUGUCCUGAAGGCGGCCCUCUACCUGUGGCUGCCCGAUAAGGGAGGACUCUUCGGCUCCCCCAACCUACCGGAUAUGAUACACUUUACCACCCAAGACGGGCAGGAGAAUAACGAGUUCCGAGGCGGUGGCUUUCACAUCUGCCAGGAGAAGUCCAUGAAGGUGUGGCGAAUCCGGUACGAGGGAGUUCUGCGACGCCAGGAGGCCACCGAGGAGGAUGUAACUGUGGAUCUGGAUCUGAGGUUCAGAAGCUCCUCCGCCAGGCACUUUGACUAUAGCCGGGACUUGAGCUCCGCCCUGAUCGCCGACUCGAUAGCCCGCGAGGCCUGGAACGAGGAAUUCUACAGUGUCCUGCGGAGCGUCAACCACAUCGUGGAGAAGCGGACGCACUACGAGCAGAACGGCGAACUCACUGGCCAGAUCCGUAUCCGGGAUGAGGAGAUACCGCUGCGAAUGUUGGGCUUCAGGGAUCACAGUUUCGGCACGGAACGCUGUCUCAGCUCCAUCAAUCGGUAUGUGUACUUCGCCCUGUUCCUGGACGACGGCAGCAGCAUGGUGGUGGGCAAUCUCAGCCAGCCGAGCUUCUUCCUCUCCUCCCUGAAGGUGGGCUACGUCUGCACCCCCGCCGGUGAAUACCAGCCCCUGACGUGGAGCAACUUUGAGUUGUACUCCUACGGGGAGAAGGGCAUACCGCCACAGCAUCAGAAUUUCAUUGUCCGGACCGAGGAGCAGGAGUACCUGGUCCAGAUCCAGGUGGAGGGUUCGGCUGUGCGGUAUGUGGGCGGGGAUUGGGAGUCCAAGGUGUUUAAUCAGUUCCUUGCCUGCACUGUCAACGGGAUAUCCGGGCAGGGACAUGCCGAAUUCCUCUACCGCCACAAGGGUGGCCGGCCGGAGGACAUCAAUGCCAAGGAUCCCAGCUGGUAUCAGGACAUCAAGCGAUUCGAGAGAAGUCUCAGUCUCCUGGAGGAGGAGGAAAGGGACUUUAUCUUUUAAAGAUAUUCUUAAU